GGCGAAACAGAAUUUGCUACUGCGGCGCCAUCCUUGGCAGGAACGCCAAACCGGUCCUGGAACACGUAGCCUGCACCGCUUUCUGCGUGGGGUGACGUGACCGCGUUCGGUCGCCGGUUCCAGACGCCGCUAAACGUCCUGGAUAUGGAGGAAUACUCGUUCUUUCAGAUUGCCGAAAAGCAGUUCGGGGACGAGCUCGAGUUGCUUGAGAGGGCCGCCUAUGUCACCCGCGACGUAUUUCAGAUGUCUUCACUGCUCGACUCAUUCACACAAGAACACGAAGGAGGUGCCCGCUGCUGGAUGGUGACUCAAGCGGUCCUGGAUAUGGUGGCAUACAGGAUCCCGCAGUUUGCCGAAAUGCAGUUCGGGGACGACCUCGAUUUGCUCGAGAGGGCCGCCCAUGUCACCCGCGACGUAUUUCAGAUGUCUUCACUGCUCGACUCAUUCACACAAAAACACGAAGGAGGUGCCCGCUGCUGGAUGGUGACUCAAGCGGUCCUGCAUAUGGUGGCAUACCGGAUCCAGCAGUUUGCCGAAAUGCUGUUCGGGGACGACCGCGAGUUGCUCGAGAGGGCCGCCCAUGUCACCCGCGACGUAUUUCAGAUGUCUUCACUGCUCGACUCAUUCACACAAGAACACGAAGGAGGUGCCCGCUGCUGGAUGGUGACUCAAGCGGAGGAGUUGAACAAGUUCCUGAACCCGUUCGGCAUGGAGUUCAACGAACUGCCGGAAGGCAGCCUGGACUUCGCGAUGGCCCACAACGAUCCCGUGGCCCCCGACGACCCCAGAGCGGUGGUCCUUUUCUUGUUCACGCUGUGGUUCCUGCGCGAGCACCGCUGUUUCUCCGGCGUCAGCCUGGACGUGUCGGUGCUGCAGCGCUUCCGGCCGGUGCAGUUCCUGCGGCACGUCGCGUUGGCCAAGCGGGUCGCCACGGUCCACCUGGUCGGCGUCGAGGGCAUCGAGCUCCCGUUCGACGUGUGCCCCCUGCUUGCGGCGCUCGAGCAAACGGAGCUGCUGACGCACGUCACCCUCGACAGGGUAACAGUGGUGGAAGCUGAGGGCAACUGUCUCUCUUCCGUCGUGAUUGCCAACCCCGGACUCGAGUGUUUGGCCCUUCGGAACGUGACCAUGAAAGACUCCGCCUUGGUCAGACUCGCGCAGGAGUUCAAGGAGCACCGCAGACCGCGAGAGUUUGAGUUGCGAGGAAGAGUCCGUAACAGUGCGGCGCGCGCUGUUACGGUCUCGAGGCUUUUGGACACCUCCUUGCAAAUUCUCCGCUUAGAAAUCACGUGUGACCUCUCCCAGCUGUUCGAGAAACUCAAGGACAACGCGCAGCUGGUGGAGCUCGAGCUAGGGCGCUGUUGCCCGGUCGGCGUCUAUCUGGGCACACUGGCUUCUGCACUGGCCCAAAACAUGACGCUGCGACUGCUCACUCUCAGCCUCGACAUGACAUGGAUGUCGCACAGAAGUUCCUCCUGGAGGCACCUGGGAGCCCUGCUUGAGAACAGCUGCUCGCUGGAAACAUUGUGCCUCCGUGAUGCGUGUGCUGGAAUGCACGCUGUGGUCCCGUUUAGCGAGGCCAUGGAACUAAACCACUGAUCUAGAUUAUUUACCAAGCGUAAACAAUUUUGCGUCCAACAAUACCGGCAAUGAAACCGGUGACCUCGUUCUCAGAGACAUGGUCUCACUCGGUUUUGAGCAAUAGAUUGGAUACGAGUUGUAUAGGCGAACAAUGACAAGUGUUUUGCGUAAAUCAACGAAAUAUACUGAUGAACUAUGC